GAGGGUGGGGUGUUGGCUGGAGAGUUUGUGAAAAGUUCUGAGAGCAGCAGGAGGAAGUGGGAAAGAAGAGUUGCGCUGUGCCGGAGGCUAAGGACCCAAGGGUCUCAGGUGGCCUCUGGGAAACUCUCGGUGGCUGGAAAGAAGCCGAGCGCCUGCAUGAAAAGAAGGACCUGCUGGGAAACUCACCCCUACCUGAGCCGGGCAUUCAAGUUGCGGGUUUCGCAGCGCUUCUGCGUGGUGGCUUGGUGGCCGGGUCUACGUCCUAGCCUGGAGGAUCCGGAUGGCUGUGAGGUGGACGUGGGCAGGCAAGAGCUGCCUGCUGCUGGCGCUCUUAACAGUGGCUUAUAUCCUGGUGGAGCUCUCGGUCACUACCUUCCACGCUUCCUCAGGAGCCGGCCUUGCCAGGCAACGGGGGUCUAGAAGGCACUCAAACUUUGCGGAAAAGACUGAGGAUUUGUCUCGACCUCUUUAUGAAAAGCCUCCUGCAGAUUCCCAUGCCCUUGGGGAGUGGGGAAGAGCCAGCAAACUCCAGCUCAAUGAGGAUGAACUGAAGAAGCAAGAAGAACUCAUUGAGAGAUAUGCUAUCAAUAUUUAUCUCAGUGACAGGAUCUCUCUGCAUCGCCACAUAGAGGAUAAAAGAAUGUAUGAGUGUAAAUCCAAGAAGUUCAACUAUAGGAAGCUUCCCACCACCUCUGUUAUCAUCGCUUUCUAUAAUGAAGCCUGGUCGACUUUGCUUCGCACCAUUCACAGUGUUUUAGAAACUUCCCCUGCAGUCCUUUUGAAGGAGAUCAUCUUGGUUGAUGACUUGAGUGACAGAGUGUAUUUGAAGGCACAACUUGAAACUUACAUCAGCAAGCUUGAUAGAGUUCGCUUGAUUAGAACCAAUAAGCGAGAGGGACUGGUUAGGGCACGCCUAAUUGGGGCCACUUUUGCCACUGGGCAGGUCCUCACUUUCUUGGAUUGUCACUGCGAGUGUAAUUCUGGUUGGCUGGAACCACUUUUGGAAAGGAUUGAUACAGAUGAAACAGCAAUUGUUUGUCCUGUUAUAGACACUAUUGAUUGGAAUACUUUUGAAUUCUAUAUGCAGACGGGGGAGCCCAUGAUUGGUGGGUUUGACUGGCGUUUAACUUUUCAGUGGCAUUCUGUCCCCAAGCAUGAAAGGGACAGGCGGCAAUCAAGAAUUGAUCCCAUCAGAUCACCCACCAUGGCCGGAGGACUAUUUGCUGUCAGCAAGAAAUAUUUUCAGUACCUAGGAACAUAUGACACUGGAAUGGAAGUGUGGGGAGGUGAAAACCUCGAGCUGUCAUUUAGGGUGUGGCAGUGUGGUGGUAAAUUGGAGAUCCACCCGUGUUCUCACGUGGGCCAUGUGUUCCCUAAGCGGGCACCAUAUGCUCGCCCCAAUUUCCUACAGAAUACUGCCCGGGCAGCGGAAGUGUGGAUGGAUGAAUACAAAGAACAUUUCUACAAUCGAAACCCUCCAGCACGGAAAGAAGCUUAUGGAGAUAUUUCUGAAAGAAAAUUACUACGAGAACGACUUAGAUGCAAGAGCUUUGACUGGUAUUUGAAAAAUGUGUUUUCUAAUUUACACAUACCAGAGGAUAGAGCAGGGUGGCAUGGGGCUAUUCGCAGUAUAGGCAUCUCCUCGGAAUGUUUAGAUUAUAAUUCUCCUGACAACAAUCCAACAGGUGCUAACCUUUCAUUGUUUGGAUGCCAUGGUCAAGGAGGCAAUCAAUUCUUUGAAUAUACUUCAAACAAAGAAAUACGGUUUAAUUCUGUGACUGAGUUAUGUGCAGAGGUUCCUGAGCAAAAAAACUACGUAGGAAUGCAAAAUUGUCCUAAAGAUGGGUUCCCUGUUCCAGUAAACAUUAUUUGGCAUUUUAAAGACGAUGGAACCAUUUUUCAUCCACACUCAGGACUAUGUCUUAGUGCUUAUCGGACACCUGAGGGCCUACCUAAGGUACAAAUGAGGACUUGUGAUGCCCUAGAUAAUAAUCAGCUUUGGCGUUUUGAAAAAUAGAAGAGCACAACAGCACUUUUAUCUUAAGCUGACAGUAGCCUCAGUGAAGAUUGUAUUUUAUCAGAAGUCACCCAACAGACAUCUGUGAGAGCACUAGAAAUUCUGUGGCUCAUUUUGGGGUAUUACACUGAAACUGAGUACACAGAGUGCUGCUGUUUAAUAUUUCAAAGUGCCUUACUUAUGAGUUGUUUUACUUAAGGGAUUUGUCUAUAUGGUCUCUUCUCCUUAACUUGACUGUGAAUUGAGAUAUACACAACACUUAAGUGCCAGACUUAACAUUACAGAAUGUAAAAGUCCAAGCAAAAUUGGGUAUUAUUUAUGUUGAUGGGUAAGUUCACUGCACAUUGCAUUUUUUUUCCCCUAAAAACUCAUAAAUGUGCAGUUUGAGCUAUUGCUAUUUUGAUUGCAUAGAAUUUUAAUUUCUUUCAGCCAGCACGUUAAAUUUUAGGUUUUGUUUAUUGUUUAAACUAAUUUUCCUUUAGUCAAGUAGAAAUCAAAGAAAGUUGAUCAUAAGAAGAAAAAGGUCUAGUUUAGAUAUAUUGUCAUUGGAAGAGGGCAUCAGAAUGUGAAUUUGGAAGUCUUUUUAGCAUACAGCAUCUCAGAAAACUGUACCCACAUCUGAAUGAAAGGGGAGAUAUUUACAUUCCACUAUUUGUAAACUUGAGCUGUUGGACUUAACUGACCUAUACCUCGAAUCAUUAGUUUUGUAAGCUGUCCUUUCUGUGAAUUUAUUUGUGAGUCUAGGGUGUUUUCUGAUUGCACUUCCUUAAGUUAUGAAUGUACUAGAAAGGGACUCAUUCAGAAUACUGUGUUCCCCUUUGUUAAUGCUUAAUCAUGUAAAGCAAACACAGUUGAGGCCUCUCUGAAAUUAAACCCGAGUGUGUUUACUGAAAUGUGUGAAACUGAAAGCAAGCCAGGUUCUGCAAAAGCCUCUACGAUUUCUUGCUGAUCUGAAAGUUUAAGAAUUUGUCUUAAGAUCACAGGUUAAAAAGACUGUCUUGGCAAUUAUGAAUAUUGCCUUCUCUCUCAUUUUCAGUACCCAGCAGCCUGGCACUUAGGUAUCUUUUAGUAAGUGAGUAAAUGAGUGACCGAAUGAAUGAAUGGCACAGCCAACGCAUGUAACUGUGAUCAAGUCAUUUAACACGCUUGGGCUUCAGUUUCCUCAUCUGUGAGUACUGAACUGGAGCUUGAUGAUCCCUUCCAGCUCUGAGAUGUUGAUUGUAUAUUCUCCCUUUCUCAGACUCAGUCACUGUGCAAUUUCUACAAUACUUUUUAUGUCUUUGCUUAACAUAGGUAAUGUUGAACAGUUGAGCAAUGUUCAGUCCAGGAGUGAGCCUGGACAAAAGAAAAAAUUUUUAAAGUGAACUGAACUCCCCUGAAAAUAGUAUAUUUUUGUGGAUGUAAAGUUGUUAUAGUUUGAGUUUGUAGUCAUUUCAUUUUGACAGUUGUUGAGCCAAUUUUGUUUUUAAAUCUUUUAAGGUCUAAAUGUAAUCUUUUAUCUAAUAACAAACAUUUUCCAAACUAAAUUACUUCAGAAUUAAACAUACAUUUGUAAAAGUAUUUUUCACUGAUUUUGUACCAGUGUUAUAUCUAGACAUCACAGACAGAAUUUAGAAUUAAAUCUAAAUGUACUUCACUUUGGUCUAGAAUUAUUAAAAAAAAAAAAAUGCAUGAUGUUCCAUAGAGAAUUAAUCCACAAUAUUCAUAGAUGAUGUUGUUUUUAGUGUUUGAUGACUUGUCAAGUAGGAACUUUGCAAAAUCUGAAUUUAAGAAAAUUAUUUAGGAUGAGCAUAUAAAAAAUUAUAAUUGUUGUGUAAUUGUGACUAUUUUGUUUCUCUUUUGCCUGUUAAAGUGAAAAUGUGUUGAUAGUUUCUGUGCAUUAUCCAACAAUCUUAAACUUAAUCAAAAAAUUGUCUAGAUCCCAUGUGCAAUGUGUUCCACACCUUGGGUUUAAUUUAAGAAGAAUUUAUAAUCUCUGAAUUUUUCGAGUUUCUCCCUAAACCUACCCUCUCCCCUUGCCCGGUCUCUUUUUAAAAAUAAUUUUCUUUUUUUUAAACUUAUUUAAAAUUUUUUUCUCUUUUUAUUUUGUGUGGUUCUUUUUAGCAUCCUAUAAUAUGGGAGAACUAAAAUGGUUAUAUUCUGGAAGUACUUAUUGAAAUUAUUUUAUUUCAGUAUACUGAUGCUCAUAUCAAAAGGGAGAAAGAGUAUUUUACUUAAUUCUUUGUUUACCUUUUACCCUAAAUUGUUGAGUGUAACCAGUGAUCUUUUGGUAGGAAAAUUUGGGCUGAUCCUUUAUUUAUACCAAUAAUUCAAAAUAGUUAGCCUGUUCAUUCCUCAAAAUAUUAUAUGUAACAGAGAAGUAAGACUUUGAUUUUUUAUAUGUUGGCAUGUUUCAAUUUAAUUCCCAAAAUACACUCUAAUACUACAUAUAAAAUACAUUUUGAUUCCCUAAUUCUAAUUUAUUGGUACCAAAGCAUUCUCACUAUAGAGAAUUUAAGAGUUGACUUUUAAGUUAAUUUACAUACAUAGUAAUAGUAUUAUGAAACUACUUAGUGGGCAAGGAAUUUCCACUUUAAAUGUUCACUCUAUUAGUGACCAAUUCUAGGAAUAGAUUGGCUAAAUAAGCUUUUUCAGCAGUCAUUUUUAUUUUUAAGAAAAUGAUAAUGUAGUCCUUGGAAGGAUCUCUGUAACUCAAAAUAACUUGUUUGUAAAAGAAAAUUUGUUUACUCACCCAGUAGUAGGCUUUUGCAUAUACAUUUUUGUUAGUAAAUCAGAAUUUUCUAGAUUAAAGACAAGAGAUUUAUUUCUAAGUAUAAAAUCUUAGUUGUUUGGGGGACUCAAUUAUAAUUAAUAAAAUAGUUUUGACUUUUCUAUUUGAAUGGCUGUUUGAAUAAUAUUUUUUGAAUGAGCACAGAUAAUGUUGAAGUUCAGAUUAAUCUCUUUUGAACGAUGAAUUUUUUUUCUGUGUGAUGAGAAGUUUUCAUCCUUUUUUCCUUUGUUAAAUGGUAUUUGUAAUGUUGAUUAAGACAUAAAAUAAAACGUGUGCCUAAUUAUUUUUGCAAA